AGGGCGUUUUGCGCUCGGGUUGCUUGUGCAGCCCGUUUUCGCGUAACCCGAGGGACUGUCGUCUCCUUCUCCUCGUCGAUCGAUCCUCGAUCCUCGACCGAUCCUCCGCCGAGGGCAGCAGGCCUCCCCCCGAGGGGGCUCCUGCGGGCCCCGCCCCGCCUGGGCAUGGCGCCGCCGUGGCGUCUCUUGGGCGCGGCCAAGCGCGGCGGCCUCCUGGCGGCCGCGGAGGAGGGCGGCGGCCCCCGCUGGGAGGUGGGCAAGAGGCACAGGCUCGUCCGGGAGACCGCGCUGUACCCAAGCCCGCGUUGCCUGACCAGCGCCGACGAGACCUCCGACGGAACAUGUAGCCCUUCGCGCUCGAGUUCGGCGACUGUCGUGACGUUCCCGCCGAGCAAGAAGGUGUUGUUGCUCGCGGUAUCCGAGGCUCCGGUGGCCGCCGCCGAGCGCGGCGCAGACCUGGCGGCCUUCGUCGCGGACACCGCGGGCGGGGCGUGGGUGGCGGGCUGGUGCCCGUCGGAGGCGCUGGGCCCGCGCUGCCGGAGCGGCGGCUGGGAGGCCGGGGCGCGGCACCGCGUCACGGGCAACCCGAGGCUGCGGGCGGGGGCGUCCCUGGCGAGCGAGGAGCUGGGCAGCCUCGGCCCCGGCGAGGAGGUGCUGCUGCUCGAGCUCGCGAUGGCGCAGCAGGCCCACAGCGCCGAGCCCCUGCUCCGCGCCCGGGUGCGCACGGACGGGGGCGCCUUCGGCUGGAUCACCGUGGAGAUGCCCGGCGGCCCGCCCUUGCUGGACCCCCUGAAUUUGUACAGCUCAGAGGCCAUGAGGAGCCCCGUCUGGUGUGGCAGGCUGCCGCCGGUGGCCGUGCUGCCGGAGACGCCGCGACUCACGCUGAACUGCGCCUACGAGGGCACCGCGGAGGGUUGGGAGCCGGACGGCCAAUACAGGGUGCUGCGCACGGUGACGCUCCGCAGCACGCCUGCGCACGACAGCGCCCUGCGCAGCACGCUCACGGCGGGCGCGGUCGUCAGAGUGCACGAGGUGCGCCGCGUGACCACACCGAGCGGCUGCACCGGCGGCCACGAUGGCCCCAUCCGCCUGCACGUGAGCGCCGUGCCCGUGGCCGAGCGCGGGCAGCAGCGCCGCGGCUGGAUUAGCAGCGAGCGCGUCAGCGGACAGAGGCUCCUGGACCCGCGAAACUUGUUGGAAUUCGAUCGGGCGAUCGGCGCGUGCGCGAAGGAGUGCGCCACGAUCAUCCCCUCGGCGCCCUCGACGGACAGGGUCGUGCAGCGCGAGUUCAGCGUGGUCCUCCCCAGGGAACACGGCAGGGCUCUCGGCCUGCGCGCGGGGCACUCUGAGAGUGGCCACGCCCUGCUGGUGGAAGACGUCGCGGGCGGGGGCCUACUGGAGAUGUGGAACAGAGCCUACCCCAGCAGGCAGGUGAUACCCGGCGACGAGAUCGUCGGUGUCAACGGGCGCUCCGGAGACUCCCGGGCCCUUGCCGAGGAGCUGGCCGAGGCCCGCCGGCUCGAGGUCGUGGUCCGCGGAACCCGCUGGUGCGAAGAGCCCGAGGGGCCACCCUGCACGCCCAGCACGGUCAGCGAGGCCUCCUCGGCCAGCGAGCUGGCCACGGCGAAGGCGGAGGGCGCAGUCGAGGGCAAGGUGGAGGGCGCGCUCGACGACCUGGCGUGCGGCGGCGGCGACGAGGCCCCGCCCGAGGUGGGCAGCCCGCCGCAGGCCGAUGCGCCCGGCGCCGCUGCAGGCCCGGCGGCCGCCCCGCCGCUCGCAGCGCCUGGCGCCGCCGGCCCGGCGGGCGCGCCGCCUGCGCAGCGCGCCGCGCCGCACUGCGGCCCGCGGGAGGCCGGUGGCGCUGCUGGGCCGGCGGAGAGCGCCGGGACUUCGCGGGACCCGCACGACUGGAGGCCGUUCGCCGACGCUCAGCACUUCGACCUGGAGGGCGAGGGCGACGGCUGCAUGUGCAGGGACGGCGACCUCUUCGGCUGUGGGGGCAGGCCCACUGCCGAUGGGCACCCGCGGGGGCCAGGCCUCUUCCGGGAGCCCGCUCCGGAGCCUCGCCCACUCGUCCGGAAGUUGGGCGGCGCCCCUCUGCCAGAGCCAGCGGGCCAGUCGUGACGCCGACGGCGCGCGUCCCCAGCAGCGUGCUGCGGGCAUUUGCCUCCAUGGUGGUUGCGGCCCUCGCCUCCUAUGCGU